CACUCUUCCUCCCACCUUCUUCUCUCACAGUCCUUAAAACGCAAAGCCACCAGACCCUCAAGAAUUCCCUUCUGUCCUUCUUUCUAUUGGCUCUCCUAACUCACUUUAUUCGUCUUCAAUGGCUUCUCUAUUUUAUUCUCGUGGGGUGGGGUCCUGUGUCUUAUUCUUGGGGUGGUGGUGGUUCCAUUUGAUGGGUUCCGGGGAGGGAAUGGUUCCAGCGAUGUAUGUGUUCGGGGACUCGCUGGCGGACGUAGGGAACAACAACCAUCUGGAGACUCUUCUCAAGGCCAACUUCCCCCACAACGGCAUCGACUAUCCCGGCCGCAAGGCCACCGGCCGGUUCAGCAACGGCAAGAACUCGGCUGACUUCCUUGCUGAGAAGCUUGGCGUACCAACCUCCCCACCUUACCUCUCCAUACCCUCCAGCUCCAACAGAACCGAUGCGUUUUUGCAUGGCGUCAGCUUUGCCUCUGGAGGCGCCGGAAUCCUGGACUCCACGAACUCCGGCCAAUGUCUAACAUUCAACAAACAGAUAGACUACUACUCCACUGUAUAUGGAGCUCUGGUGCAGCAGCUAGGGAGUGCUCCAGCUCAAGAACACCUAUCCAAGUCUAUCUUUGUCUUCAUCAUUGGAAGCAACGAUUUGCUAAAUUACGUCAAGUCCAGUUCCAGCAAAAACCUCAAGAGCACUCCUCAACAAUUCGUCGACUCCUUGAUUUCGUCGCUGCGAGGCCAAUUAAAGAGAAUCUACAACCUUGGUGCUCGUAAGCUUGCGUUCAUAGGCACAGGGCCUGUCGGUUGCUGCCCAUCGCUAAGGCAUCAGAACAAGACGAAAGACUGCAACGUGGAAGCAGAUUACCUGUCAGUUUUGUACGACCGAGGUGUUGCUGCUCUGCUGCAGGAACUGAAGUCACAGCUUGGUGACAUGAGCUACUCUUUCUUCGAUACCUCCAGUGCGUUGCUCGAAUACAUUCAGAAGCCAGCCGCUUAUGGAUUUUCUGAAGUCAAGGCUGCAUGCUGUGGUUUGGGUGAUUUGAAUGCCAAGAUUGCUUGCAUUCCAAUUUCUACCUACUGCUCCAAUAGAAAGGACCACAUCUUUUGGGAUUUCUACCAUCCUACGGAGACCACUGCCGGAUUGCUUCUAAGUACUGCUUUUGAUGGAACGCAGCCCUUAGUGUACCCAAUCAAUAUAAGGCAGCUGAGUGCCCUCUGAGCUGCGGCUGUUUGGGUGUUUGAGGUCGAAGACCCUCAACUACGCAGAGCAGGGAGAUGUAGAAGAAGCACUGUUUUGCCUGAACCAGCUUCACAAUCUCCCAAAAAGAAAUAGAAAAAAAAAAAAAACAGACGCAAACAUUUGUAUGUAUCAUAGUAUUGAGAAUGAAAAGUGAACGGUGGUUUUAUCAGGGCUUAAGCCCGUUAAUUAUAAAUAUGUAGUGACUUGGUAAUUAAAGAAAGAUUUGAGACCA